GCCCACUCAGUCUUGGUGUGAUGUGUGUUUCACCUGCCCAUUCCUUUCUGUUUGUGUUCUGUCCAGGUCAAGAGGCAACUACCAUUGAAAGAUAGCGACUGUUUCCUAGACAGCCAACAUCGAGGAGCAGCCAGAAGUGGUGACGGAAAGCUUAUUACCUAAAUGACUGAUAAUGGUCUCCAGCUGCCAAAGAAGGUUGUGGAUGCCAGGAGAAAGGUAACCAUUUCUCAUCCCCCCUAGUGGAACUGGAUGCCUCUAGGAGCCCACACUGGCUGGCAGUAGACAUGGCCGAAGUUACAAGCUACAAAGACACUGCCUCUAGCCGCCAUCUGCGGUUUAAGUUACAGAGUUUAAGCCGCCGCCUUGAUGAGUUGGAGGAAGCCACAAAAAACCUCCAGAAAGCUGAGGAUGAGCUCCUGGAUCUCCAGGACAAGGUGAUACAGGCAGAAGGCAGCAACUCGAGCAUGUUGGCUGAGAUUGAAGUGCUGCGCCAGCGAGUGCUGAGAAUCGAAGGCAAAGAUGAGGAAAUUAAGAGGGCGGAAGAUCUGUGUCAGCUGAUGAAGGAGAAACUUGAAGAGGAGGAAAACCUCACCCGGGAGCUGAAAUCUGAGAUUGAGCAGCUUCAGAAACGCAUGGCUGAACUGGAGAAGCUAGAGGAGGCCUUUAGCAGGAGUAAGAAUGACUGUACCCAACUCUGUUUGAGCCUGAAUGAGGAGAGAAACCUGACAAAGAAAAUCUCCUCUGAGCUGGAAACGCUCAGGGUCAAAGUGAAAGAACUGGAAUCUUCCGAGGACCGCCUGGACAAAACUGAGCAGAGUUUAGUGUCAGAGCUAGAAAAGCUGAAAUCAUUAACUCUGAGCUUUGUAAGUGAGAGAAAAUACUUGAAUGAAAAGGAGAAAGAAAAUGAGAAACUGAUAAAAGAGCUCACUCAAAAACUGGAACAGAACAAAAAAGUGAACCGAGAUUAUACAAGGAAUGCUUCUAAUCUUCUGGAAAGGAACGACCUACGGAUUGAGGAUGGCAUCUCUUCCGCACUGCCGUCCAAAGGAUCGAGGAGGAAGGGCAGCCUGGACUACCUAAAGCAGGUGGAGAAUGAAACAAGGAACAAGUCAGAAAAUGAGAAGAACCGAAAUCAGGAAGACAACAAGGUCAAAGACCUUAACCAAGAGAUUGAGAAACUUAAGACACAAAUUAGACAUUUUGAAUCUUUGGAAGAAGAGCUUAAGAAAAUGAGGGCCAAAAACAGUGACCUUCAGGAUAAUUACCUAAGUGAACAAAAUAAAAACAAACUCUUGGCCAGCCAGCUGGAGGAGAUAAAACUACAGAUCAAGAGACAGAAAGAGUUAGAGAACGGGGAGGUGGAGGGAGAGGGGGCCUUCCUGUCCAGCAGAGGCAGGCACGAGAGGACGAAGUUCAGAGGCCGUGGGAGCGAGGCCCCCAUGUCCAGGCACGCGCCGCGGGAACUGUCCCCUCAUAGUAAGCGGGAAAGGCACGGCAGUAGAGAGUUUGCUGUCAAUAGUGAAAACUACCCUCUGAGCAGCAGGCAGGUUUCCUCUCCCAGUUUCACCAACAGGAGGGCAGCCAAAGCUUCCAACACAGGGGCAGGCGCAGACAGCGGGACUCAGGAUACAAAGAGAACUGAAGAUCGCUUUGCAUCUGGCUCCUCUCAGAGUGAAGGGAAGAAGGCCAGGGAGCAGCCAUCUGUGCUUAGCCGCUACCCCCCAGCUGCUCAGGAGCACAAUAAAGUUUGGAAGGGUGCUCCCAAGCCAGGUGCUGAGAGUGGGUUGAAGGGAAAAGUAGAGAAGACGACACGAACAUUUGGCGAUAGCACCCACGGAUCUGUUCCCAACGACAUACUGGGUAGAGCUGACAAGACUUCUGACACCUCUGCUGAGGCCCUCUUUGGCAAGAGGGGGCAGGUGCCUGGCAGUGGAAGUCAAAUAACUCAGGCCUUGGACUCUGGCAGUUCUAAGGCCAUUGGAGCUCUGGCCUCAUCUCGAAGAUCUUCCUCAGAAGGGCUCUCUAAGGGCAAAAAGACUGCCAAUGGCCCAGAGGCUGAUACCAGUUCCCCAAAUCCCAAGGCUCCCCUUUUAUCAAAGUAUCCUUAUAGCUCCAGGAGCCAAGAGAAUAUCCUUCAGGGCUUUUCAACCCCAAAUAAAGGAGUGGAUCAACCCAUAGCAGUUGUGAUGGAAGACAGCAGUCAGCAUGAGGCCCUGAGGUGUCGAGUCAUCAAAUCCAGUGGCAGAGAGAAGCCAGACUCGGAUGACGACAUGGACGUGGUAUCUCUUGUUACUGCCAAGUUGGUAAACACAACCAUGACUCCAGAGCCAGAGCCCAAACAACAGCUCAACUCUAGAGAAAAAGCCAAAUCCCGAGGCGGACUCAGAACCUCCCUGUUUGAGAAUGAUAAAGAUGUUGGGACAGAAAAUGAAAAUGAAUCUGUGAAACCAGUCAGAGCCUCCACCAAUGCCAUGGAGUUCCCAGAUGCCAACGGUGCCGGGGUAAAAAGCCAACGGCCCUUCAGCCCCAGAGAGGCCUUGCGGUCUAGAGCCAUCAUCAAACCUGUCAUCAUUGAUAAGGAUGUGAAAAAAAUUAUGGGAGGAUCUGGAACCGAGGCCACACUGGAGAAACAGAAAUCCACCUCCAAACCAGGGCCAAACAUAGUGACAAGCAGCAUUACUAUCUACCCCUCUGACAACAGCAGCCCCAGAGCCAACCCAGGCGAGGGCCUGCGGGAGAGGCACACCUCCACCAGCAACAUCCAGGUUGGGCCACCAGAGCUCACGUCAGUUAGCAACCACGUCAGCUCCCCCUUUGAGCUCUCCAUUCACAAACAUGACAUCACCCUGCAGUUUACAGAAGCUGAAAGAACGGGAGAUGGGCCCCUGAAGAACAGGCCAGAAACAGUGGUCUCUCGGAGCAGCAUUAUCAUCAAGCCAUCAGAUCCUGUGGAGAGGAAUAGCCAUGUACCCCCAGCGGAGACAAUCAGGUGGAAAAGCCAUAGUGCCCCUUCAGAAGUGAGCUCUUCAGAUGCCAGACAUGUUACUGUGCGGAAUGCCUGGAAGAGCAGGCGAGACUUGAACUCUUUAGAAGACCCAUCAGCUGGAAUAGUUAAAAAUGUAGAAUCUACCAAUGCCUACACCCAGAGGUCUUCCACAGACUAUUCAGACCUUGAACAGCCAAGGUCAUACCUUUUUGAGCAGGGCACUAGAAGGGUAGGAAAUGCAGGGGAUGCCCCCGAGCUCUCCUCCAGAAGGACCCAAAGUAGCCUCACCGUGUCAGAGGUGCUCACUCGUCGGAAUCGGGUAGAUGCUGUCACGGCUGCAGCCUGGAACCACUCAGCGGGCAUGGCCACACAAAAAGGAGAGAUGUGGCCUGCGUGCUCUUGGUUUGCCAGAGUGGCCAAAAGAGCUCCCUUAUGGCCCCGCAGAGCAGCACCUAGAAGCAGGGGAACCAGCUGCAGCUGCUGGGAAGCUCUGGGUGAGAGGAGGAAGCCGGGUGCCCUUUCUGUAGAGCACAGAGAUGGGAGCCAGGGAAACGAGUUCUGACCUGUCUCAGUUUAGACUGCAGAACUUUGCCAGCUGCUGGCAUGUAGGGAUGAGGAGAGCUAGGGCUUACACUGGGCCUACUUUAUAAGCUUUAUGCCCGACCAUCACUUUCUUUUGCCUCAGACACCUGUCUAGCCCAUUAUAUCAUCAGUCUGAGAGCCGGGCUGGUUCAGUAUGGCUCAUUACAUGAUAGAUAACUCCAGAACCACCUCCUUAGUUGAGGGUCAGAAUAGCAUCUGAAGGGGAAGCCCCCCGGGAGUGUCUUUUAGAUGUGGAGCCUAUGAUGAUGAAAGACAUUUUGGACCUAGACAUUGUUCCCUUCUUUCCAAAGGCAGGUAACUGCGUGUUAACUUGAAAAGCCCUGUAACUCUUUACAUGGU